GGUUACUGUGAAAGUGAAGUUACAUCGUAAGAAAAUAGUGGUAACCAAACAGCCGGCAGUGUGUGAGACGUAAACCGGCACGUUCAAAUGUGAUUGCGAAAUAUGCUUAGUAAGCUGUAAAAGCAAAAAAAAGUCGUGUUCCCCAGGCACCAAUCUAACUGCAGGGAAACCCGUACAGGUCGUACACAGUGGUACGCUCAUGUGCAUAUGAUUAUAGCGUGCGUGCAUGAGUGCGUGCAAGCAAAAAGUGAAAGUGUUCUCACUCGUAGGGCUCAUCUAAAUGGUGCAUUCCGUCGCCAAAAGCAGCAGCAGCAGCAGCAGCAGUAGCAGCAGCAAUGACGCAAGCAAAGGAGGAUCAAUCCAAGGAUAUUGCACCGGCGGGCGACGGAGGGGGCGGUACCGGUGUCGGUGCCGCAAUCGGUUUCCAUAGUCAUACCCAGGCACACCACCAUCAUCAGCAGACACAACAUCCGCUCCACCCACAUCAGGAACAUCCGCUCGAAUCAUCCGGAGAUCACGUGAAGUACGUGUUUCCCGGUUCGUUCCAAGCGGCCGGAUCUCAAGCGGCUCAGGCUGCCCAGCUGAUUGGGGGUGGGGUCAGCUCCGUCAUAGGUACCGCCACGAAUCCGUCAGCAGGCCGAAUAAUGCUAGAGUAUCAGCGUCCCACCGGCGGAGGUCACUCACGCUCGGUUAGCCAUGGUGAAGGUUCGUUCGGUGGGUCGCUGGUUAGUAGUGGUGGUGCUGCCGGGCGACCUUCUGCCUUAAAAUCGGCGGUCAAGGGAGGCCAUCAGCGGGCUCUGUCUCAGGGUCAGAUCAUGGAUGCGCCAACGAUCGCCACUCGGGGUCACAGCCGUGUUGGGUCGAAAACGGAUUUUAUCCUACCGCCUGGCCACAAAGAUCAACCAGAGCAACGGGACGCGGCACCUCCACACUCUGCCACCUCCAUCAAGGGCCACUCGCGGCAAGCAUCGCGAUCGGAGUCGAUCUACACCUUGCGCCGUGCUGACCAACCACCCUGGUGGAAGCGUCUCAUGUUCUGCCGGACGGCUAACAGCAAGCUUGAGGAUCGAGGCUAUCGGAUAGUGGUACCGAAUCAUACCGUCCCACCCAAAACUCCCAAACGGGACCACCCAAAUGGGCGGCUGUGUGGAAACAAGAUCCGCACCACGAAGUAUACGCUUCUGUCUUUCGUACCGAAAAAUCUGCUAGAACAGUUUCAUCGGAUUGCGAAUCUGUACUUCAUCUUUAUCGUGUUGCUAAACUGGUUCCCGCAGAUCAAUGCGUUCGGCAAGGAAAUUGCCAUGAUCCCGGUACUGUUUGUGCUCGGUGUUACCGCAAUAAAAGAUUUGUUUGAGGAUCGCCGCCGUAAAGCGUCUGAUAAGCGGAUCAACAACUCAACCUGCCGCGUGUAUAAUGGUGAAUCGGAACGCUAUAAGAAAGUUCUUUGGCAAGAUGUGCGUGUGGGAGAUCUGGUGCACCUGUCCAACAACGAAACAGUACCGGCCGAUAUACUUUUGCUCAAAUCUAGCGAUCCACACGGUGUUUGCUACAUCGACACGUGUGAUCUAGACGGGGAGACUAACUUAAAGAGACGUCAGGUGAUACGAGGUUUCGUGGAGAAGCAACACAUCUUCGCACCGAAUAAGUUCACCAGCCGAAUCGAGGUCGAUGCACCGUCAACGAAAAUCUACCGCUUCCACGGUGCUGUGAUACAUCCCUCCGGCGAACGUGUUCCGGUGUCAACCGAAAGCUUGCUACUGAGAGAAAGUCGCCUAAAGAACACGGACUAUGCGGAAGGCAUCGUUGUCUAUGCUGGACACGAAACCAAAGCGAUGCUAAACAACAGCGGUCCCAGGUAUAAGCGAUCCCGCGUCGAACAGCAGAUGAACAUCGAUGUGAUAUGGUGUGUUAUCAUAUUGAUCGUGCUUUGUAUCAUCGGUGCGGUCGGGUGUAAGCUGUGGCUUUCGUUCUACGCCACCGAUGCGGACAAUGACGAUACUACCGGUGGCAGUGCCAACGAUACAUUCCGAAUACCGUUCCUGCCGUUCGAAAUCAGUCCGGACUAUGAAGGAUUGCUAGCAUUUUGGACGUUUGUCAUCAUCUUGCAGAUCAUGAUACCGCUCUCACUGUACGUUACGAUCGAACUGUGCAAGCUAAUGCAGGUGUAUCAUAUACAUAACAACAUAGAGCUGUACGAUCCUGACUCCAACAAGCGUACCGAAUGCCGUGCGAUGAACAUCACCGAAGAGCUCGGCCAAAUACAGUAUGUAUUCUCGGAUAAAACGGGCACGUUGACGGAAAAUCGUAUGAUAUUCCGACGCUGCACGAUCGUGGGUGUUGACUACAACCAUCCGGAGACAGAGGAAGAAAAGGAGUUGAAUAAAAUUGGUGCGCCGGUACCGAUUCUACAGCCAAAUCUAAAUUUGCUUGAAAACUUCCGAGGAAAUUCACCAUCGCUGCUGGAGACAAGCACGGGAAUGGGUCGAGGAGGAGGUUCCAGUGAAUCGGGAAAUGAAACCGUCGCCAAUCAAAUACAGGAAUUCUUUCUAGUGCUGGCUGUCUGCAAUACGGUAGUAGUUAGUGCGACUCCGCACCGGGAUAAUAUGAAUGCGAGUGGUGUGAUCGAGAUGAAUGAUAGCGAUACGAGCGUUACGCUCGUUCGUCCCGCUUUGGUCGAGACGGAUGGAGGAAGUCUCCCCCUGACGGCGUGUGAUUCAAUGAUCGGAGAUCGGUACGCUCGGCUGACGGAGUCCCGAUCCAUUACACCUUCUCCGCCACCGAAUGCACCCUCAUCGCUACCCCUGAAAGCAGCACACGUGCCAUCACUGUCGCCAAUCAGUAGUUCGGCGGAAACAUCGCCCAUGUCGGAGAGUCCACCGAUGCGGCUGAAAUCACUGAGCACGCCAACGGCAAAGGUGAAAUCGCUCGUAGCUAAAUUGGGUAACGUGGCCAGCGGUGCAAAGGGUAGUGGAGUUUUUAAGAGCGUUGAUAGAGGCAGCACUGGCAGUACCAGCAGCAGCAAGAAUCGAUUUGCAUCGAACAAUAGUAGCAGUGGUGCUUCAAAGUUUCACAAAUCAUUCUCGCAAGGUUCGUCCUCACCUGCCUCCAGUCGUCCAAUUUACGAAGCGGAAAGUCCUGACGAACUGGCCCUCGUAAAUGCGGCCUUCAGCUACGACUGCUGCUUGGUAAACCGAAGCCCAAACCAUGUCCUGGUAAGCGUACCAGGUGAAGGCGUUAUAGAGUACGAGGUGCUGAAAGUGCUUCCUUUCGAUUCGGCCCGGAAGUGUAUGUCGGUGGUUGUACGUCGUACCGGUACGCAGGAUGUGGUGCUCUAUACAAAGGGUGCCGACAGUAGCAUCAUGCCAAAUCUAGUACCUUGCACACCAGGCUCGGAAGAGUAUCGUUUGCGAGAACAAACGCAACAUCAGCUUAAUGUGUACGCACGGCAGGGUCUGCGUGUACUAGUCAUGGCUAAGCGCAAGCUGGAUCCAACCGAUUUUAGCGAAUGGUACAGCAAGCACGAAGAAUGCGAACUAAGCAUGGAAAGUCGGGAACGUAAGAUCCGCGAUUCAUUCGUCCAACUCGAGCGAGGUCUAACCCUAGUCGGGACAACCGGCAUUGAAGAUCGCUUGCAGGAAGGUGUUCCCGAGACGAUCAGUUCUUUGUUGCAAGCCGGUAUCGUUAUUUGGGUGCUGACCGGCGAUAAGGCCGAAACAGCCAUCAACAUUGCAUACUCGGCGAAGUUGUUCAACUCGCAGAUGGAUAUCCUUAAGCUGACUGCACGAUCGCGCGACUCGGCGGAAGCAAGCAUCAACUUUUACCUCAACGAAAUCGAAAAACAACUCAACUCCAGUGGUGGUGCGCCCAACGAUGAUGACGCGUUCGAUCAGCUGGAUAAAGCACGUGCCCUCGUUGUGGAUGGAAAAACGUUGACCUUCAUCCUGGAUCUGCGGUCCAAUCUCACCAAGCCAUUCCUAAGACUGACCCGCUACUGUUCGUCCGUGUUGUGCUGUCGCGCGACUCCGCUACAAAAAGCGUUCCUUGUAAAGGUGGUUAAGGAGGAACUUCGCAUCAGCACACUAGCUAUCGGUGAUGGUGCAAACGAUGUUUCAAUGAUACAGAUGGCCGACGUUGGAGUAGGUAUCUGCGGGCAAGAAGGCAUGCAGGCCGUUAUGGCAUCGGACUUUUCGAUUGCUAAGUUUAAAAUGCUGGAAAAGUUGCUGCUUGUUCAUGGACACUGGAAUUACGAUCGAUUGGCGCGCAUGAUCAUAUAUUUUUUCUAUAAAAAUGCGGCCUUCGUGUUUCUUCUGUUCUGGUAUCAAUUUUACUGCGGAUUUUCCGGUGCUGUCAUGAUUGAUCAGGUGUACUUAAUGAUCUACAAUUUACUAUUUACUGCCUUGCCUCCGUUGGCGAUUGGGGUGUACGAUAAGAAGAUUAUCGACGACCUUCUGCUGGCCUAUCCACAGUUGUAUCAGCAUGGUCGUCGGGGGAAGGGCUAUAAGUGGUCGACCUUUUGGAUCGUGAUGCUCGAUGCGGUGUACCAGAGUUUGGUGAUAUUUUUCGUAGCGAAGGCAGCAUACUGGGGCUCAGACGUGGAUAUAUGGGUGUUUGGUACGACUAUAACAUCCUCCUGUUUGUUUACAAUGCUGUUACACUGUGCCAUAGAAAUUAAAUCAUGGACAAUCUUACAUGUCGCAUCGAUCGUGAUCAGCCUGGUGUCGUUCUAUGCGUUUGCAUUUGCGUACAAUUCAGUUUGUGUCAACUGCUUCGGAUUGCCAUCCAAUUAUUGGGUGAUCCAUAUGAGCAUGAGUACAGUACAGUAUUAUCUGAUUACUUUGCUUUCUUCCGUACUUGCGCUUUUACCACGAUUCACGUACCGUGUGAUCAAAAAUACCGUCUGGCCGUGCGAAGGCGUACGGGUGACGCUGCAGUACAAAGAAGAAAAACGAAGAGGUGAGAAUCUGCUGGUAACCUGGUCUCGAUCGACGUCUGCCUCAUCCAUAUUCAGAACCUCCCAUCACAGGGCUUCGCAUAAGGCUGUAAGCAGAAGAUGA